UUUCCCUAUAAAUAGGACAUAGAUUUGGAGAGCUUCCCAUUCCUAUGCAAAUUAACAUUUCAGCAGAAAAAAAAAAGGACUAAGUUGAGCUCUGCGCAUGCUUGGGAAGACAAUGAGCCCUCUUGCUUUUGCUGCUCUGGUCACUCUCCUUUCGGUAGCAACCACCGGGGGAGCUGCAAGGAAUGACCCAGGAGAGUACUCGGUGGCGGUGAUGAAGGAUGAGCCAAUGGUCGAAGCCCUCAGUGGACUUGUUCGAGGUCUCAACUCUCGAACCAAAGAAGGUCAUAUUCUUCCUCUACAUGAUCAUUCGCAUUCUCAUCACCAUCACGGGAUGACCAAAGAUUGCUUGACCGAAACUUCCGGUGAUCAAGAGAAGUUUCCAUCCGACCUCGAGCCCAAGGCCAAAACGUCAACUUAUAGUGACGAUUUCGAGCCAAGGCCAAGUGCCACUGAUUACAGAGGUAAAGGUUACAGCAGCGACAAUGUCAAGCUGACUGAAGAGCUAAAGAAGAAGGUCACUGACGACUUCGAGCCAAGGCCCAGUUUCACUGAUUACAGAGGAAAAGGUUACAGCAACGACAAUGCCAAGCUGAACCGAGAGGUGAAGAAGAAGCUCACGGGCGACUCCGAGCCAAGGCCCAGUAUCACUGAUUACAGAGGUAAAGGCUACAGCAUUGACAUUGUCAAGCUGAACCAAGAGGUGAAAAAGAAACUCACAGAUGAGUUCGAGCCAAGACCCAGUGCCACUGAUUACCGAGGUAAAGGUUACAACAAUGAUCGUGUCAAGCUAAACCAAGAGGUAAAGAAGAUGCUCACCGACGACUUUGAGCCAAGGCCCAGUGCCACUGAUUAUAGAGGUAAGGGAAAAGAAAAAAAGUCGUACCCUGGAGAUUUUGAGCUCAGCCCCAAAAUAUACCUCUACCAAGGUUAAAAUUAAUUUGCAAUCGAGGAUGCAGGUCUUGAAGUAGAAGUCAGGUGCUGUGAUGUGGUAUUGUACACCUGCGAUGGCAGGAUCAGGAAUAAGCUUUGAGAGUUCUAGCUCUUGUGCAGCAAUGUUGUCAUCUGUCUAACUGUCUCUGUUCGUCAGUUUGAUGAUGUGUUUGUAAAUCGUUCGGCUAUUAAAUUUUCACCUUGCUAUGGUUGUUGCUUGUAUUUGGACUUUCGGUUUGUGUCAUUAUAAUCAAGAGAUGAUGUCCCAUCUGAUAUGGUCAUGGUCGAUUUGACUUA